AAGGGAAUUUCUGAAGAGGUUCUGAGGUGAGUUUGGAGUCCAGGCAACAACAAUUAGUGAGGCUUCUCAAAAUCACCCGGAAUGAUGAAGACUGUCGUACUGCUAGUCUGUUUCAUAGGCACAAAUAUUGCAUUUCCUCUGUAUCAAGCAAACAUUGGACUGUCUGCAAGUAACAGCCUGGAGAUCUUGCGGAUGAAUGGUCUUGGCUACACUACUGGACUUGACUACACUGGUUUAGGACAAUCGCUGGCCCUGCCAUACGUUCAGUCUUUGGUGCCCCAGCUGCCUCAGGGCGGUGGCCAAGUACUAGAGCAGGUGCCCCUGCCAGCCCAGAGCCCCGUGGGUCCUCAGGUAGUGUUUCAGAGACAAGGCCUGGUGAGCCCGCAGUUCCUGCUGCCUGCGCAGGCCCCGCUGCACCCGGCAGUGCUUCUGCCGGCACAGUCGCAGGUGUUUUUCCCCCCGAGGAAUGUUUUUCCCGUGGGUGCGCUGCCUCCCCCGGUGAUCCUCUCCUCGCGCACCGGCCAAGGCCAGAUGCCGCAGGGUCAGAGCCCACUGGAUCCCCUGGUGCCGGAGCAACCACAACAGACACAGCCACAGGUUGUUUCAAUCAACCCCACUUCAAUGUAUCCACGUCAGACACAACAGUUCCAGGGCUACCCACUCUACAACUACUAUCAGUUCCUUCGACAGCAAAGUAGCUCGUCACUCCCAACACAAGUGCCAGAGGGGACACCUUCUGAACCUGCCAUCCUCCCUCCAACACCUGGACCUUUACAGAGAACUCCUCUAAAUCAUGAAGAAGACAUAAAAGAAACCCAAACUCAAGCAGCACAGGAGUCUACCACUGUGUCAUUUCCAGAAGCUUAUCACAUGCCUACCACUCCUUCUGAUCAGGAUGUUAAUGCAGUUACAGAUGAGCCAAAUGUUGCAAGCCUCAUGGAGCCAUAGAGGAAGACUUUUGAACAGACAGUAGCUAAAAGGGUGAAGGAAAAUCACCACAGAUAUGUUUUGGAUGAGUGCCCCCUAAAGUAAAAAAGCUGAAUCUGUGAGAUGUACAGUAUUAACCACAGUAACACUGUUGCAAGCAUGUUAAAUAUCUGGAGUCCUUCCAUUGUUUUUAUUGCUUUACAUGGAAAAAUAAAACCUCUUGUCAAGCUCCCAGCAUUAACACUGUUUUGUUAAAUGAUAAACUAUUUAAUUAAAUCUGCAUGUUCUUUCUUGGUACUGUACAUACUGUAUGCUAUGUCCAAAACAAAAAUCAAUAAAGUUUUGUUCUUGUAGCCC